UACAUCUCGGUGUUGACACAAAAUGGUCGGGUGUGUUUUGUGACCCGGGAGUUUAACAGGCCUAUCAUUUGGCACGCAGAACAUCUAUUCGAUUAGGAAAUAGUAGCUAAGUGCCGAAGAUAGUUUUAUAGAAAGGACAUUUAUAAAGCAGGAGAGCAAGACUGUCGAAGGAAAGCUGAUUCUGCCACAGACAGACAGUCCACCCUGCAUGACUCGGAUAGCACUCACAGACCAUUACCUACAUCAUAGAGGACGCUAAAACAAGCCGAAUGAAGAGAGCGGCUGCAAAGCAUCUAAUUGAGCGGUACUUUCGCCAGUUAACAGAGGGCUGUGGAAAUGGGGCCUGCACCAACGAGUUCUGUGCUUCGUGUCUUGGUUUUCAACCGCUGGAUCACAACACAGCGGCUAUCAGAGCCCUGGAGCUGUGGAAAAUGGGCACCAAACUGUGUGACCCUCACCCCUCCGCUGCUCACCCCUCCGCAGCUCACCCCUCCGCUGCCUUCCCUGACAACAACAGUGCCAAAGAGACACAACCUGCCUUAUUGGGCGACCGCCCCGGGAAGAUGACAGACCACAAAGACCGCCUGCUUCCCCCUAGGGAAGACUUCAGAGAGGUGCAUUACCUGACCGAGGAGAAGGUGUAUGAGAUCCUGAGUAUCUGUGAGGGGAAGAAGGACUACUCUCCUCUGAUCCGAGUCAUCGGGAGGAUCUUCUCCAGCGCAGAGGGUCUGGUGCAGAGCUUCAGGAAAGACAAGGAACAACACCCCAACACCAAGGAGCAGCGCAAGACCCACCAGGCCAAAGAUGAGGACAAGGACGAGGACGACAAGGAGAGAACCAGCGCCAUGGAGCAGGAAUCAGAGGAAUCCGAGGCCUCGGCGUCCAUGGCGGGAGCGACGGGAGCGACGGAGAACACACUGGGUCCUGUAGAGGUUUCAGUGGACAUAGAAGCUGUCAGGAGAGUGUACGACAGACUCCUCUCCAACGAGAAGAUGGAAGCAGCCUUCCUCAACGCGCUGGUCUACCUGACCCCCAACGUAGAGCUGGAGCUAACCUAUCUAGACGUCUACGACACCAACCCAGACUACCUAAACAUCUUCAUCAUCGUGAUGGAGAACAGCAACCUCCACAGCCCAGAGUACCUGGAGACGGCUAUGCCCCUGUUCUGUAAGUGCAUGAGUAAACUCCCGCUGCCUGCCCGGGCCAAGCUGACGCGCCUGUGGUCUCAGUACAGUGUAGAACACAUCAGAAGUAUGAUGGAGACCUUCCAGCAGCUCAUCACCUACACGGUGAUCAGCAGUGAGUACGACAGCGACAGUCUGGUGAACGAUGACGAGGGCGUUGUGGCUGCCACCAAGUGUCUGAAGCUGGUGUUCUACGCCAACGUGCUGGGAGGUGACCUCGAUACGGGCCACAACGAAGAGGAGGAGGAGGAGCCUCCGUCUGAGUCCAGCGAGCUCACCCUGCAGGAGCUCAUGGGGGAGGAGAGGAGGAACAAGAAGGGGCCCCGGGUCGACCCUCUGGAGAAGGAGCUGGGCGUCAGGACACUGGACUGUAGACGGCCCCUCAUUCCCUUCGAGGAGUUUGUCAACGAGCCGCUGAACGAUGUUCUAGAGAUGGACAAGGACUUCACCUUCUUCAAGGUGGACUCCGAGAGCAAGUUCUCCUUCCAGACCUGCCCAUUCAUCCUCAACGCCUGCACAAAGAGCCUGGGUCUUUACUACGACAACCGCAUCAGUAUGUACAGCGAGAGGAGGAUCACUGCCCUCUACAGCCUGGUGCAAGGACAGCAGCUCAACCCAUACCUCCGGCUCAAAGUACGACGAGACCACAUCAUAGACGACGCCCUCGUCAGGUUGGAGAUGAUCGCCAUGGAGAACCCAGCGGACCUGAGAAAGCAGCUGUUUGUCGAGUUUGAAGGAGAGCAGGGCGUCGACGAGGGAGGGGUGUCCAAAGAGUUCUUCCAGCUGGUGCUGGAGGAGAUGUUCAACCCUGAUAUUGGUGAGAUGUUCAACUCUGAUAUUGGUAUGUUUACGUAUGAUGAGUCCACCAAGCUGUUCUGGUUCAACCCGUCCUCUCUGGAGAACGAGGCCCAGUUCUCCCUGAUAGGCAUCGUCCUGGGCCUGGCCAUCUACAACAACUGCAUCCUGGAUGUUCACUUUCCCAUGGUGGUCUACAGGAAACUGAUGGGGAAGAAAGGCACCUAUCUGGACCUGGCAGACUCACACCCGGUUCAGUACCAGAGUCUGAAGGAGCUGCUGGAGUAUGAGGGGAACGUGGAGGAGGACAUGAUGAUCACCUUCCAGAUCUCACAGACUGACCUGUUUGGAGACCCCAUCACUUACGACCUGAGGGAACACGGGGACAAGAUACCUGUUAGUGCGGACAAUAGGAAGGAGUUUGUCUCUCUGUAUGGUGAUUACAUGCUCAAUAAGAGUGUGGAGCGCCAGUUCAAAGCCUUCAGAAGGGGCUUCCGGAUGGUCACCAACGAGUCGCCACUCAAGUGUUUAUUUAGACCUGAAGAAGUGGAGCUACUCAUCUGUGGAAGCAGGAAUUUAGACUUUCAAGCACUUGAAGAAACGACCGAGUAUGACGGCGGCUACAGCAGAGAUUGUCGCGUUAUCAAAGACUUCUGGGAGACGGUGCACUCGUUUGGUGAGGAGGAUAAGAGGCUGUUCCUCCAGUUUACUACAGGGACCGACAGAGCACCAGUAGGAGGCCUGGGCAAGCUGAAGAUGAUCAUCGCCAAGAACGGCCCCGACACAGACAGGUUACCUACUUCUCACACCUGUUUUAAUGCUUUGCUGCUCCCUGAAUACGAUUCGAAGGAGAAGCUGAAGGAGAGACUUCUCAAAGCCAUCACUUAUGCCAAAGGAUUUGGAAUGCUGUGACACAAAACAAA